ACGCACCACCAUUUUGUCCUCUCUCUAUCUCUCUCGCUCGCUCAAGACACGCACAAAACAUACACACCCACUUCGCGGGCUUUACAAUGAGCUGCUGUGAGUCUUGCAAACCCAAAACCAAAAUUUUGGCAGUAAUUCUAGACUUGGAUGGGACCCUUUUAGACACAGAGAGAACUACAAAAGGCGUUUUGGAGGAGUUCUUGGCAAAAUAUGGGAAACAAAUCGAUAGGGAGAGGGAGGACAAGAAAAGGCUGGGGGCAACACAGAAGGAGUCAGCUGCUGGUAUCGUUAAGGACUAUGACCUCCCAUUGACACCCGAUCAGUAUAUCAAAGAAAUCACACCUAUGUAUCGUGAAAAGUGGCAGAAAGCAAAACCACUUCCUGGGGCUAAUCGACUUAUCAAACAUCUCCAUAAACAUGGAGUACCAUUUGCUCUUGCUUCAAACUCCUUGCGAGAAUACAUAGAUGCAAAGAUAUCCCACCAUAGAGGGUGGAAGGAAUACUUUUCAGUAAUUCUUGGAAGUGACCAGGUUAAAGAAGGAAAGCCUUCUCCAUAUCUCAGAUUUGAAGAGGCUGCAAAGAGAAUGGGUGUAGAUGCAGCUCACUGCCUGGUGAUUGAAGACUCUUUGGUUGGUGUUAGAGCAGCUAAUGCUGCCAAAAUGAAGGUAGUUGCUGUCCCACCCCAUACAGAAGCUGGUUGUUCUUCCCUAGCAGAUUCUGUGCUUCAUUCACUUCUAGAAUUUCAGCCUGAGCUAUGGGGUCUUCCACCAUUUGAAGACUGGAUAGAUAAUGCUUUACCUAUCGAACCAAUUCAUGUGAGCAUUGUAUCAGUCAAUGGAUCAGCGACUGAAGUUGCAGAGGAUGGGACGUCUGCUCUUCCAGAUCAAGUCUUUGGACUUUACUUUGGUUGGGCCAAAGUUGAUAUGAAUAAAAGCUUCAAAGUUGUGGUUAGCAUUGGAUGGGACCACUGCUCCUGUAUUGCUAAGAGAAAAAUUUGUACAUAUGUAAUUGAUGGAAACAAUGACCAUCUAUCUGAUCAACAGAUCCAGCUCCUGCUUGUUGGGUACAUUCGUGAAUUGAAUGGCAAGGAUGUUACAUCCUUGAGUGUGGAAAUGCUUGAAGAAUACAAUUGCAUUGCAGGUGCUUCAUUGGAUCUGCCUGUGUUUGUCCACCAUUCUUCUUGUUGUCUGUAGUACUCAUUUGGAUCCGACGAGAAAGUGAAAUGAUGUAUCCUGAUGUUUCUUUGAUAGUACUUUGACAAUUUGGCAUUGUGUAACUGCAAAAUAAUUUGCUCUUCAUUUUGUUGAAAGGAUGUACUGAAUAAGCCACAAUUUCAUUAUGAACGUCGCAUCUGUUCUUUAUAACAGAAUCCCCUUUUCAUGGGGAAAGUAUUGCAA